AUCCCCCAUGUAAAAAGAUAUCACGCCGUUAUAAUACAUACACGCGAAUUAUUUCCAGUGGAAUAGCAUAGCCUUUCGCUGUGGCUUGCUGAAAGAUUUAGCAUUGGAAUCUGUCGAGCGUAAUGACAUAAGAUCCCGGAAGACCAUUAUCACUUUUUAAAUGCUCCAAACCCAAGCUGUACGAGCCUCACAAGUCUAGUAUAUGAGAUCAUAGAAGCAAAAUAUCUCGCCAGUUGACCUUGAUCUAUACAAUUCAAUUAUAUGGUCAAGCUCGUGUGUUCACGCGAUGCCAUUGAUGAUGGAUGACGCUCUGGAUAUGGCCGACUUGUUCGGCGACGCACAACCCCUCCAGUUGCCGCCGCUUCCACCGGCAAAAGGUCUGCUUCAGCGGCUAGAUGAGAUGCGAUUGAGCGGGUGUUGCCAGAAAGUGGCUUGGUCAAAAGUGGGCUGCAUCGCAUACGUCACUCGCGACGGUCAGCGCGUGGCUAUUAGAAAUCUUCGCUGCAGCCCCAGGGAUGGAUCUUGGGGGUUAAGCCAUGUGAGCUAUAUUCAAUCGCUGCCCUCUGUUCCUGAAGGGCAGCAAGUGGCUCACCUCUCCUUCAAUCCGCCCGGCACCGAGCUGGCAAUUGUUGACGUGGCUGGCCGCAUUACUUUUGCAAAUCUUGUUAUUACAGUUAAUCGUACGUCUGUAGUACACUCUGGCUUGAUCGACCAAGUCGAUGAUUUGGGCGCCAUCGUAGGCCUUUCUUGGUUGAACGUGGAUAGGGUGUCGCCUCUUUAUCGACCUGCAGUCCGGAAAGAUGGGCAAUGGGUCUACUCCGCAGGAAAUGUAAAGAAUAAUGGCCCUCAUCACCCGCUCAACAAGUCCGCAUUGCUUGCCAUUACGCGCGGCGGGUCGUUGAGAUUCCUGUACCAGCAGACCAAUGGGAAGUGGCACGAGACGGGCGCCGAACUUGAAAGUGUGGGAAGUUCAAAUGAUCUCCUCACGCAUGCUUCUAUCUGCUGCGAUAAAGAUGGGUCGCUUCUCGUAGUGACGCAUAAUGUGUCUCAACGUCUUCGAAUUUAUCGAAUCACCAUCAGCUGGAAUCUUGCCCCCGGGCACAAACAGCCGCAAACAGCGCCAUUGCCAAUUCCUGGAAUAGCCGUUCGUCAUCUCAAAGUAGAGAACAGCUGUUCUCCAUUGACCAAAGCUCUGGCAUCUGAUGGAACCGUGUCACACAUCGAUCCUCAAACAGCGCAGCUGUCUCACCUGGAAUUUGCAUCCGCAGAACCGGAUCUGAACGGCAGAGAACCUAGAUACCCCACAAUUUUUGCGGUCUUCUCUCAUCUACCAGAGAACGACAGCACGGAAAAGGCUCUUGAGAGCUUCAGCGUAAUAGCUCGAUGGGAGUUGCGCCCCGUUUCCCAAAGCUUACAUUCUAGUUUUAACCAGCUUGCAUCAAAGAAGAACAAUGUCGGCGCCUCGAGAGAAAGUCUUGAACUCAGUCGAUUAGAAGAUUAUGUUUCCGAAAAGUCAAUUCUUUCUACUCAAUUCUUAAAUCUCAACACUGUCGUUGCCUUUGGCAAGAGUGACGGCUCCAUUGUGUUUCAUAAUAGGGAUUCAAUGAGCGUAAUAAGUUCAGACCCCGACCUGAAUAAGGUAUCUGGUCUUGCAGAGGCUGGUUUUGCGUUUCCAGCGGAAGAAACAUGUCUUCACGUCACACUGUCUCCAAAUGCUUGUGGAGCUGUCACGAUCGACGCUGAAGGCGAAGCGCGCUUUAAACCUAUGCAGUAUACUCUCCAGAAGUUCAACGAUUCAAAAGAUGACGCACGAUUUUCCGUGGCGAUUAUCGCCUUUGCAUUGCAAUUCGCCUUUUCCUGUACUCAUCACAAUAAUAACGAUGAUAUUGUCGCCGCUAUACAGCCUCACGCCGCUCCUGCUUUUCAACAUGCCUUUCUCAGCGAGAUCUUUCGGGCUCUUGCAAUAAACGCAGAUUGGUCAUUUGAUAAUAUCCAGGAUAAACUAUUCCGUAAUAAUGUCAUGCAUCGUUGUCUCAGCAUGCAAGGCAUUCUAGGAUUUCGAGGAGAGCACGCAAAUAAGAGUCUCACAGCGAAAUUGGCCAGAGCGGCCUUAAAUCUCAGGAUCACUUCCUUUUCAUUCAUAUUUGCCCUUAAUAAUGCGGCGCGCCCAGGCUCCACUGGUGGAGAUACGGAGGCGGCAAUGCCAGAGACGCUGAUAUCACUUUCUGGCGUGGUCAAGUGGAGUAUGGACCUUGUGAACUACAUUGUGGACGAACUAUUCCGCUUGGCGCAUGUCUGCAAGGAUCAUACAGACGACAAAGGAUUUCUUAACGACAAGAUUCGCCAACUCAACUCGCCGGCGCUGUUUUUAGUUCUUUGCAGUGUUCCCCGGCUCUUUCUUCGGUAUAAUGUCCGUGGCAUUCGCAGCGUACAUACAGCGGCACACCGAAGUUCCAGGCUUGGUCCAAGCAGUGAACACUGGCAAGCGUUGCUAAGAAUCGCCGAGGGGCUGGAAGAAAGCCCCGUCCCGAUUGUACUGUUUGAUCGCGUCUUGAACGAGAUGGACCAGGCCAUCAAAUCUGCGUAUCAGGGAUCUGGGAUGAGUGAUGCUGAGCGCAAUCAGGCGGAGAAGGAAAUGCUCAUUCACGGAGAUAUUCCUGACGCUCUGGUGCCUGUCAUCUCGCGACUGCUGACGGACACUUUGAACAAGAUUGCCAUGGAGAUGGACCCGGCCGAAAUCUACUUUGUCGACCACAGUUGGCUUGAUCUUAGCGACGAUCUUCGGACGGAUGCAUAUCGACGACAGCAUCGAGUCGACGCCAUCCGCAAAGUCCCCUUGAGCGGAUCUGCGACAUUAAGACGAUGCACACGAUGCUGCUUAUACAUGGAAGAUUUCAUUCCGCAGCGGACUGGGUGGCUGAGCGGCUUACAAAUGAGAUGCCUCUGUGGAAAUCUCUGGAUGCUCAUUGAGUCCAGUGGGUAA